CUGGCUCAUUUGAGCUGAAACGUUCACUCCACAGUUAGAAAUGGUUUCCAACGCAGUCCGUGUAGCAGUAGGAAUUCUAGGAAACGCUGCUUCUAUGCUCCUGUAUGCAGCACCUAUAUUGACAUUCAGGAGAGUGGUCAAGAAGGGAAGUGUAGAAGAGUUCUCUUGUGUUCCAUACAUCUUAGCUCUGUUCAACUGCCUCCUGUACACUUGGUAUGGCCUGCCUGUGGUGAGCUCAGGAUGGGAGAACUCCACAGUGUCUUCCAUCAAUGGACUUGGCAUACUGCUUGAGAUUACAUUCAUCAGCAUAUACACAUGGUUUGCACCCAAAGAGAAGAAGAAGUUUGUGUUGCAAAUGGUGCUACCCGUCAUCACAUUCUUUGGUCUGACAGCAGUUUUUUCAAGCUUCCUGUUUCAUAAACACGGUAUGCGCAAAGUUUUCGUGGGUAGUAUUGGCCUGGUGGCUUCCAUAUCGAUGUACAGCUCUCCAAUGGUAGCUGCAAAACAGGUCAUAACAACCAAAAGUGUAGAGUUCAUGCCCUUCUACCUGUCAUUGUUCUCCUUCCUCUCCAGUGCUCUUUGGAUGAUAUAUGGGCUCCUAGGGAAGGAUCUUUUCAUCUCGUCACCAAACUUCAUCGGUUGUCCAAUGGGUAUCCUUCAGUUGGUCUUGUACUGCAUUUACAGGAAAAGCCACGAGGAAGCUGAAAAGUUGCACGACAUCGAUCAGGAAAUGGGUCUGAAAGUGGUAACCACGCAGAAGAAGAUAACUGGAAGGGAGACAGAGGUUCAGAGAGACUGAUGUGUUUUACAGUAUGCGUUCACUUGGGGACUUGUUUCAUUUCUGUUGUCUUAGCAUGGCAGCAAGGUGUCUUCAGAAAUGCUAACAGGAUCCAGUGAUUGAUUGAUGCUCACGGGCCAGUCUUUCAGGCAGGCAACCUCAUGUUCUCUUUCUCCCAAGCUCUCCAAACUAGUUAUC